UUUGUCUAUUUAAAUCUUGUCCCAUUUUAUCAUUUCCUGUCUGCAUAUUCUCACUCUCUGAAUUCCAUCCCCAUAGUAGCUACUGGAAUAAUUUCUAUGGAGUUUCAUCUCCUUCUCAUUUUUGCUUUAUUUACUGCUAUUGUUCUCAAAGGAAGUCAUGCUUCUGUACCUGCAGAGCUGUAUUGGCAAUCCAUGUUACCAAACACUCCAUUUCCAAAAGCUUUAAAAGAUUUUCUGCACCCUGCUGAUAUUGGAAAGAAAAACACAUUAUCAUUUCCAGAAGAUUACAUGCCACAAAGUUGUCAAGAGGUAAACUAUGGAGUUGGAUAUUGGCCUGACAACGGAAAACCCAUAUCCAAUUCAACUACUGUCUACUUCUUAUACCAGGAUCUCCUUCCAGGCAAAAAUAUGAGGAUCAUUUUCCUUAAAUCUACAAAUGGGUCUAAUUUCUUGCCACGUAAAAUAGCAGAAUCCAUUCCUUUCUCAAGCAACAAAUUCCCAGAAAUUCUCAACUAUUUUUCAAUAAAAUCCACAUCAAAGGAAGCUCAAAUCAUGAAACAGACAAUUGAAGAAUGCGAGACACCUAGCAUGAGAGGAGAAGACAAGUAUUGUGCUACAUCUUUAGAAUCCUUAGUUGAUUUUGUGGCUGCCAAGUUCGGACAAAAUGUUCAAGUUUUUUCUAAUGAGGUAGAAGAAGAGAACAAGAAACAAGAGUAUACAAUCUUGCAGGGAAUCAAAAUGAUGGGAGAAAAUAACAUUAUAUGCCAUAAGGAGAGAUAUGCGUAUGCUGUGCUUUAUUGCCAUAGAAUCAAAGACACAAAGGUUUAUAAGGUUCCAUUAAUGGCGGCUGAUGGAUCUAAAGCUGAAGCAGCUGUUGUUUGCCACAUGGAUACAUCGGCUUGGCACCCACAUCACUCUGCCUUUCAGAUCCUUAAUGUUAAGCCUGGAGGACCUGCAAUUUGUCACAUCCUCAAUAGUGAUGCCACUGUCUGGAUUUCCACUAGUUAAGUUCGGUAGGCAUAAGUGUAAAAAAUAAAAAAUUAAAGGUAUAUCUUGUAAAUAUUUAUGAAAACUCUUGUUUAUCAUCUCUAAAAGAAUUCUAAAUUAUUCUUCUGGUC